AUGAGGAAGAGGCGCGCCGCCGUGGGAGCAUCGAGCUUUUUCCUCUGUGAGUUGCUCAUGCUCGAUCCGGCACGGGCAGCCACGGCGGCAACAUGCAAGCUCUGGCACGGGCACGAGCGGCCAGUGGCAAGGGCCUGCAGCUUCGGAGCCGGAGGGCCGCCGCAGAAGGCGAACGGGCACGGGCGUCCACACCGGAGCAGCGGCGGGGCCGGCAGCUACGGAGCCGGCGGGCUGGCGCAGGAGGCGGACAGGCGGGGGCACGAGCUGCCGGAGAAACGAUGGGGCUGUCAGAUGGGGAGCAGGUGGACGGGCGCGGGAACGAGCUGCCGCCGGGGCGAGCUAGGGCGACCACGGCGGCCACAGGUGAACCCAGGCGCCAGCGGCCACCAGCGAGCUCCGGCGUGGGCUGGGCGACCACGGGCGAGCUCUGGCCGAGGCGAGCUAGGGCGACCACGGCGGCCACGGUCGAGCCUAGGCGCCGGCGGCACCAGCGAGCUCCGACAUGGGCUGGGCGACCACGGGCGAGCUCUGGUUGGGGCGGCCGCCGGCGAGCUCCGGACUGGGGUCCAUAGAAAUAUCGAGCUCAGCAGGGUGGAGGCGUGGAAUGGGAAGAGGAAAAACGAGGCUGACGCCGCGGCGGGCGAGGAAAACGGAAGCUACGCGGGCCGGCGGUGCGGCGGGGCGGAGAGAGGCGACCGGUGCGGCGGAGUAGAAGGCGACAUCAGCAGAGAAGACGGCUUGACGGCCACCUCUCCUCCCGCCGAAGUACCUUGGCGAAUGGCUCCAAGAGUUUCCCCCAGAUACAACUUGAACGUGAAGAAGGCAGCUGAAAGCAAAAGAAUAUCUCCUAAAGUAGGUUCGUCAAAAGAGGCUAACAAUCAAGAAAACGAAAGAGCUGCUUGGAACUCGCACUUAGAGAAGUCUCUUGUUGAUCUGCUACAUGAACACAACACUGCUCGCUACAGGGGUCAGAUUGGAUGGUCUUCUGAAGCUUGGAGCAAAAUUGUCAAGGAGUUUCAUGAAAGAAAUACGUAUGUGUCUUACACAAAGAGCCAAAUCAAAGAAAAAGAGAAGGAGCUGAAAAGACAAUAUAAAAUGCUCAAAGAUGCAAGGAUGCAAAGUGGAGUAGGAUGGAAUGAUACAAGGUCUAUGCUUGAAGCAGAAGAUGCUCUUUGGGACAACCUAGUCAUUUCAUUCCCAAAAAUCAAGAAGUUCAAAACUAAGUCCUUCCCGCUGUUUGAUGCAUUGGGAGAGUUGUACGAUAGGCAAAUAGCCGAAGGAACCUACAAUGUCAAUUCUACCCAGCCACCACAACAUCGAAAUCUUACACAAGUUGAUAAUAGAGAUGAGCUCAGUCACAACGAGUCUACAUUUCCAGGCUUUGAAGAGAGUUGGACUUACAAUGUACAAGAAGAUGCAAAUUUAAGAGACCACAUUACUAUCGAUGAUGAAGAUGAAAGUGUGGCAAGGACUUUACAGAGGAUAAAUAAGAGAGCUCCUACUACAACAAGGAACAAAGAAGAGAAAGAGAGUAAGAAGUCAAAGAAGCAGAGUUCCAAUGACAUUGCAGGAAGUAUGGAAAGAUACAUUUUCAUGAGAGAAAAACAAAUUGAGAUAGAACCUGCUCAGUUGGCUAAUAAAAAUAAGGUUGCUCAAGCUGGAGAUUACUCGAUCAAGAGAUGCAUCUCUGAAAUGAUGACAAUGGCAUUGUCAACCGAUGAGAAGGUCACAGCAGCUGAUGUAUUCAAGGAUCCAGAUAACAGAGAAAUCUUCUUGAGCUCAAAAGAAGAUGACCCCCGAGUGGCUCUGCUUUGGUUAAGGAAGGCAGUGGCCAAGCUGUCACAAGUGGUGUGAAGGUUAAGAUGCUGCAAGGAGGCUCUAGAUGGAGCACUUGUCAUGUGUUUGUCGUCAAGGACUUCUAAGAUGUUGUUGAGAUCCUAGUGCUUCCGUAGAUGAGCUUUGUUUUACUUGAUGUCUGGAAUUGUUGACUGUCACUCAAGUAGCAGCUAGGGAUGCAGAUCUGCGCCUGGAUCCAGCCCGCUUUGUAGUCUAAACGUUAGGCUAGUUGUAGCAUCUUUUGGCAAAUUAGUCUAGUUUGAAUUAGCCCCUGUUUAUGCAGGCUUGUACGGGGCGUCCGCUUGCAACCCGAGUAGCAGCUAUAUUUUGCCCAAAAGACUCCAUGCUACUUUGUGCGGAAA